AUGCUACAGGGAUUUUGUUUUGUCUCAAUGUAUCAGCCAAACUUUACUUUAAACUUAAAGAUACAAAAAGUAAUACUGCUAAUAUAUUAUUGUCAAAUAUUAACAUUAGCAUUUCCAAUAGAUGGGUGGGAUUAAUGGAAUUAUAGAGAUGGUGCUUUAAGAAUGAUGAAAAAUUUGUUAAACGUUAUCUUGAUUUUUCCUUUAGUAAUCGAAGCAAAAUCAGAAGCAUUAAUUUAAGUAUUAAUUGUACUUUUCUUUUUAUUCAACCUAUUUAUUUUGUCAGCAAUAUUUUGGAUUGUCAAAUUUAAGAAUAAACUUUCAUUUAUACUAACUAUCACAUAUUGGUAUUUAGUAUUAGUCCCAAAAUUAUUUUUUAUCCCAUAGUUAUUUGUAUUCAUAGGAUCUAUGUCUUUUAGCUAGAGAGCUCUUUUAUAUUCAAACUUUUAAUUUCACGUAUUUUUGCCAAUUAAUAUAUUAUCCAUACUUGUUUUAACCUAUAACUGUCUCUUUAGCAUAUAUUUUAUAAGGAAAAUGAGAUUAUUAAAAGAUAAUGGGUUGGUAUAAAAAUUUAGUCAAUUAUGUUUUCUGAGAGAAAUGGUUGUAAUUGCGAUUAUUUAUUUACAUUUUUAAAAUAGAAUCCCCAUUGUAAAUGCCCUGUAGUUGAUAUUAAUGAAUGUUUUUUUUUUGACAUUACUUUUGGAUGCAUUACAUUUUAAUAUAUAUCAUCCUUAGAUACAAAAAUUCGCUUUAAUUUUAAUCUCAGGAUGCAUUGGAUUACUUUUGAUUGUAUCAAUAAAUGUGAUUUCUUAAAAUAAAUUAAUACCUGAAGAAUAAUUAAUAGUUGUGUAAUUGAUUGUUGCGACAUUGUUUGUUCUUAUUUCAGUUUUUUAUUAAAAUCAAAAAUUAGUUUAUCAACUCUAAGGAGAUAGUUAAUCCCAUUAUUAAAUAUAAUUUGUAGAAUGGCUCUUUUAUACAUUUAUAGAAUUAAAUUAGAAGAAGAAAAAGCAGUAAAAUUUAUUUUUUUAUAUAUUAUUUAUUUAAUAUCAUAAAAAAAAAUGUGCAAGCUGUUUAAAAAAGAUACUUCAAUAUCAGAAGGUUAAUUCUAAAUCAAUAAAAUACUAUGUACUUAAUUGUGUGCUAUAAAAUGCAUUAAAAUUGACAUAUGUCAGUUUUGGUUCUGAUUAUGAAUUAUUAGAAAUAUACUAUGUUGACUAUUUAAAUAAAAUUAAAAAAUAACCACUCUCAUCUUAUGUUGAACUUAAAGGGUUUGUUUUAAAACAUCAAAAGAUCUCACAUCAUUUUAAAGCUACAAUUAGUUAUCUGUUCAAGGAAUUAGAAGAAAUUAUUCUAAAUGAAAAUGAUCUUGCUGAAAGUGAUAGCCAUAAUUAUGAAAAAAACUAUCUUGAUGUAAAAAACUUUAUUAAAGCAUUUUAAAUAGAAGAGUAAAUACUGCCUUAGAUAUUGUAACUUAUAGACAAAAAAAUAGAAAUUUGGAGUGCAUAGAUCCGCGGAUUGGACACCAUUUAUGAGUUAGAAAAAUUGAUUUUUGAUUAUUCAAAAAAGGUAGUGAUUUGUUAAGACACAUUGUAAAAAUGUUUGAAAAUAGAUGUUAUGAAAAUAAAUGAAAUUUAAAAAGUUAGAAGUGUUUUAGAGUUAAGAAUCACAUCAAUAUUUCUGUUGAUUAUUUUAAAUGAUUUUUAUAGUUCUCUUAAAUGUGAAUAAUAAAUAUCUGAGAUUUUAUAAAUUGAGAAUUCUCUCCCUAAUGAUGUUAUUAGUAAUAUUGAUAUUCUUCAUGAUAAUUUAUGUUUGGUUAUGGUAAGCAUGGUUAAAGAUAGAGGAUAAAUCAAAAAUACUAAAAAACAUUAGAUUGCUAAUUACUUUGGAUUAGAAGUUGAAGAAUUGGAAAGUAUUAAUCAUAUAAAUUUAUUCAUUCCUCAAUAUUUAGUUGAAAUUCAUACUUAAUUUUUAUAAUCUUAUUUAGAAACAGCAUAAACUUCAUUAUUUCAUUAAUAUUAAAUAGUAUUUAGCAAAUUAAAAAAUGAAUUUGUUUAAGCUUAGUAAAUAAAAUUAGAAAAUAACUUCUGUUUUUUUGAUGACUACAUAGUAACUGCAUGUUUAUCAAAAGUUAAGGAAACAUCAGAGUUUAUCUUAUUCGAUGAGAGUGGCAAGAUUCUAUCAGCUACAUAAGGAUUUUAUACUGAUAUAAUCAAAUAAGCCUUUCAAGAAGAAUUAAGUGCUUAAACAAUUAAUUAAGCAUACAUAUUUCUAUUUUUUACAAAUAUAUUUUCAAUUUUGGAAUCUUAAAUAGAGAACAUUAAUUAGUCUGAUUUCCUUUAAGUUGAAUUGAUGACCAAAAUAACAAUAUAUGAAAAUUUAUCCAAAAUAAUUGAAUACUAUUAUGAAAAUAAAACUUCGAGUUUGAGUUUAAUUGCGAAUUCAUUAUUAAAAACCGCAUCUCAUAUUCCUAUUUUAACAAACACGAAAAUUUAGUCAAACAAAAAAUAAAAAAAAUAAAAUUUGCAAACAGGCAGAUUUUAUAUAAAUACUAGUGUCAAAUUGUCGGAUGAGAUCAAAUUAUUAUGUCCUAAAUUUAGCAGCUAAGUAUUUGAAUUUAUGCAAUAAUACAAUGUAUAUUCUAUAAAUAUUUUAGAAAUUUAAAUUUGUUGAAUAUCAUGCGAAAAUAUAAUUGUAGUAUAGAACUAUCGGAAAAAAACAUUUAUAAAGAUCAUAUUUCAUUAUUGAGAUCUUGGACUUUAAAAAAAAUACUGGCUCAAUCAACGCUGUUAAAUAAUUUAAUAGUAGGAAUGUUUAAAAUUUAGAACAAAUAGAAAAGUACUAAAUUAAGUAAUAAUUCGUAUUUGAAGAUCAGGUUGAAUCUAUACAAUAAAUAGUGGAUUAGGAAAAUAAGAAUGUAAAUCUGUAUAAUCAAGUAUCUCAUUUAAAUGAUGUUUCGAAAUUUGGCAGUGAAAAAAAUUUUUAAUAACGCAAUAAUUUUCUAAAGCUAUAGUCUUAUGAAAACGAUCUUGGAUUCCUUUAUAAAUAAGAGAAUUAAUCUUUAUCUAGUCAAUCCUCUAACACUUUAAGAAUACAAAAUCUUAUUAUUUUUAAAUCUUUUUAAUUUUAACCUAGGAUGAAUAAAAAUCUCAAAAUACUUUUUUUUUUUACAGUGAUAUCAAUAUUAAUAUUGGUUUCAAUGAUUACAUAUAAUAUACAACUUAUUAGGUUUUAACUCUCUGAAUAGAUUGAUAGUAGCUAUUCUUUAAAUGCCCCCCUCUUAUUCAAUAGAUACUUUUUUUAGAGUUACGCUCUAUCUUGGACUCUUUUGAUGAAUGGACUCAAUAUAGUGAAUUAAAGUGAUUUUUUGAUAAAUCAAACCUCUUUUACUCUAAAACAUAUGGAAAGAGAGACUUUUCAAAAUUUAAGUAAUAUGUACCCAAAAUUCUUGGAAAUUGAAAAUAUGGGAUUACUUCCAAAUAUUAGUUUGAAACUUCUACAACUUUAAAGACAAACAGUAUCAUAUACAGAAUUUAUAACUUACAUUUAGAACACUUUAUAGUAUCUUUUUUCAUUUAAUUAAUUCUCUAAGGAAUAUAAAGAUAAAGUAUUAGAUUUAGAUUACGUCAACGCUGUUGUUACUUUGCGGUAUAAUAUCAAAUAUGUAUUUGAUAUGAAUAAGGAGCUUAUAGAAUCAUUAGAGUAGAUGUAUUAAAAUAAGAUAUAAAUUAAUAAUUCUAAUUUAAAAAUAGUUUUAAUAAUAGAGAUCUGUAUAUUGUUCAUAUUUUAGUUAAUUCAAUUAAUUUUCUGGAGAAAAUUUGAAAAUUAGAAACAAAAAAUGUUAAUUCUAGUUGGCAAAUUUUCAGAGUUUAAAGCAAAUGAAAUGAUUUUAUUACAUUAAAAUUACAAAUAAAUUAUGCAGUCGACUUAAAUAGAUCAAAUUAGUUGGAAAACGUAAAAUUUCACUUUAUUAUAACCAUUGAAUCUGUUAGGAGAAGAAAAAAAAGUAUUUAAAAUUAAUAUAUCUAAUAAAGAUAGAAUAAAGGCAAAAGGUAUGUUGAAUUCAAGAGUCACAAAUACUUCCUAUCGAAAUAUAAAAUGUAUAUUCUCUCCAUUCUUGCUAUUGUUUAGCUUUUUAAUUGGAGGCUAUUUUUUUUAUAAUUUUUUAAUGAAAAAUUUAUAACCUUAAUAAGAAUUAGCAAUUAACUUUAUCAGAUUUUCAUCUUAUUUUGACACUCUAAUAACAAGUGCAUUAGUGAUUAAAACCUAACCAUAAGUUUAUCCUGGAAUUGUGUCAAACAAAAUUUAUACACAAUCAUAAAUGAAUUCAUAUCGAGAUCCAUUAAAAUAAUUAUUCCAUAUGUUUAUUGAAGUGUAUGAAGUGUAUGAUGAAAAUUUAACUUAAAUUUAUGAGGGCAUUUUAUAUUCUUAAGAUAUUGAUGAUUCUAAAAAAGAAACAUUGUUAGGUUUGUAUGAAAAGGAUAUUUGUUAAAUAAUGAAUCAGGAAAUCCCGUUUUGCUCAUUUGAUUAAUUGGGAGUAAAGAAUUUCAUUGAAAAAUAUUCUUAAUUCUAUUUAUAAGAUAAUAAUCGAGAUUAUUUAAAAAAUGGGCUCGCUGGAAUAACUAGCAGUGUUAGCAAUUUUAUGAAAACUAAUUACGAUUAUGAAAUUGAGACUAUCAACUAUAUCACAGAUUUCAAUUAGCUCAAUAAGUUAUAUUUAACAUAAGAAUUUACCAAUAUUUUGGUAGAGCAUUUUAGUUCAACAACAUAGAGUACAGAAAAAGUCUUGAAUAUAAUAUUAUCAAAUAAUGAGGAGUUAAUGAACUAAAAUAAAUUAACGAUUAUCAUAUUUUUUGGAUUGAUUGGAUCAGUUAUUUUGAUAAUUUUUAUCUUUUUUUUCGUUUGGCUAAUAAAUUUACAUAGUAUAAGGUUCAUAUAUUUAAAAUUAGGUUUGAGUUUAAUUCCUAAAGAAAUUAUGGCUGACUAAUAUACUAUAUCAUCAAUUAAAUAGUUCAAUUGA